AUGUUCUUAAAUUAUACAAUAAUCAAGGGUACAAUUAUUGUGGAUAAUAUGCAAAUCAAAGGGACAGCAGGAGGACCUGACCCUACUAUAGAAAUCUCUUUGAAGAAUAAUAUGGACUAUUGGAUUAUAUUGGAUCCAAUAACACAAAGGUUAUAUCUCAAUAGCACAGGACGAAUUUUGGACAGAGAUCCACCAGCAUCUAUCCAGUCCAUUGUGGUCCAAGUAGAGUGCAUAAAUAAAAAAGUUGGGAUUGUUAUAUAUCAUGAAGUACGUAUUGUUGUGAAAGACAGAAAUGAUAAUCCUCCGAAUUUCCAGCGUAGUCGCUACUAUACAGCAAUAAAUGAGCUGACUCCAGUUGGAACAACAAUCUUUACAGGAUUUUCUGGGGAUAAUGGCGCCACAGACAUAGAUGAUGGUCCCAAUGGUCAGAUUGAAUACGUCAUUCAAUACAACCCAAAUGACACUACAUCCAAUCAAACAUUUGAUAUUCCUCUGACACUUUCUGGAACUGUGGUCUUGCGUCGCAGGUUGAAUUAUGAAGAGAAGACACGCUACUUUGUCAUUGUACAAGCUAACGAUCGUGCCCCUAAUCCUAAUGAACGGAAAACAAGUACGACUACUCUGACCGUUGAUGUUUUGGAUGGAGAUGACCUUGGUCCCAUGUUUCUUCCUUGCAACAUUGUAGACAACACACGUGAUUGUCGUCCUUUAGUGUACAGGGCAAGCCUACCAGAACUCAUCAGCCCAGUAAGUAUAAAUCCUGUCAAUGUUACUCCACCUAUACGAGCGGUUGACCAAGACAAGGAUAUCCAGCCUCCCUCAGAGCGGCCUGGCAUUCUAUACUACAUUCUAAUAGGUACCCCUGAGGAUUAUGCACAAUAUUUUUAUAUGAACAUUACUACCGCAGAGCUUACACUCCUGAAACCAAUAAAUAGAGAUUUACACCAGAAAUUCGAUUUAGUCAUUAAGGCAGAGCAAGACAAUGGUCACCCACUUCCAGCGUUUGCAAGUUUACAUAUUGACAUCAUGGAUGAGAAUAACCAGUCACCAUACUUCACAGUUUCCACAUACCAAGGAUAUAUAUUAGAAUCCUCACCUGUGGGAGCUACAAUCUCUGGUAACCAGAACUUGACAUCCCCAUUACCAAUUAUAGCCCUGGAUAACGAUGUUGAAGAGACGAAGGAUCCACAGCUCUUUCUGUAUUUGAAUGAUUACAGUUCCAUUUUUACGGUGACACAAUCUGGAAUAACUCGUUACCUGACUUUACUACAGCCUGUUGACAGAGAGAAGCAACAGAUUUAUACCUUCUCAAUGAUAGCAUCUGAUGGUACCCAAGAGAGUACUCCAGUGACAGUGAACAUUCUGGUGAUUGAUGCAAAUGACAACUCUCCAACUUUUUCUAACAUCUCCUACAAUGUCAAGAUUUACACUGAUAUGACAGCAGGGGAGAGCAUUAUCAGACUUACAGCUGUCGAUGCAGAUGAAGGAAUCAAUGGGCAGAUCACAUAUGAAAUCCUAACUGGAGGUCAGGGACAAUUUGUCAUUAAUAGCAAAACCGGUAUAAUCACUAUCGCUCCAGGUGUCACAUUAUCAGUUGGAGAAUCUUAUGCACUAACUGUAAAGGCAUCUGACAAUGCGCCCCCCACACAACGAAGGAGUUCUAUAACUACUGUUUAUAUUGAGGUACUUCCUCCAAAUAACCAGAGCCCACCACGCUUCUCGCAAUUGAUGUAUAGUCUUGAAAUCAGUGAAGCUAUGCGGAUUGGUGCUAUCUUAUUAAAUCUACAGGCCACAGAUAGGGAAGGAGAUCCAAUUACAUAUUUAAUACAAAAUGGAGAUCCACAGAAAGUUUUUAACCUUUCAGUAAGCUCAGGAAUUUUGUCUUUAGCAAAGCCACUGGACAGGGAAGGUACUGAUCGUUACAUUUUGAUAGUAACAGCCUCUGAUGGCAGACCAGAUGGGACAUCAACUGCUACUGUUAACAUUGUUGUGACGGAUGUAAAUGACAAUGGCCCAACCUUUGAUCUCUACUUGCCUAGAAAUUUAUCUGUCCAAGAAGAAGAAGUUAAUGCAUUUGUGGGUCAAGUAAGGGCUACAGAUCCAGACGCUGGGAUAAAUGGACAGGUCUAUUACAGCUUAGCAAACCUGAAUAAUAUUUUCCGAAUCACAUCCAAUGGCAGUAUUUAUACAUCUGUAAAACUGGACAGAGAAACAAGAGACAUUUAUGAACUCACUGUUGAUGCCACAGAUGGAGCAGUUGACCCUCGACGUUCUUCAAUAACAUUGAGUAUUAAAGUUACUGACAUUGACGAUAAUAGCCCAGUGUUUUUAAAUGCUUCAUAUGCUGUAUCUGUUCCAGAGAAUAUGAUGCCUAGUACAGUCUUUUUGCAAGUAAAGGCGGAGGACGCGGAUCUUGGUGCAAAUAUUACGUAUCGCAUAAGAUCACAGGAAGUUAUACAGCUUUUUGCAAUGAACCAGUCAACGGGAGAGCUAUCGCUUUUAAAACCCCUGGAUUUUGAGUCGUUUCUAGGCAAAGAGGCAAUGUACACCUUUGUUGUUGAAGCUUUUGAUUUGGCGGGCAGUAUGCCACCUGGACUGGCUACUGUAACAGUAAGAAUCAAGGAUAUGAAUGAUUACUCUCCAAUAUUUAACAAAUCUGUCUACUGGGGAAUGGUAGCUCCAGAUGCCAUUAAGGGCACAGUUAUAGCUACAGUUACUGCCGAAGACCGUGACCCUCCGGGCACACCUGCAAGUAGAGUUAGAUACAAGGUCGAUGUGGUGCAGUUUCCCUACAGUGCCAGUAUAUUUGAUGUUGAAGAAAAUACGGGUCGCGUAAUAACGAGAGUGAAUCUUAAUGAAGACCCCACAACAGUUUUUAAGCUGGUUGUUAUUGCGUACGAUGACGGAGACCCUGUGAAAUCUAACAGCACCACAGUAAUUAUAACAGUCCUACAACCAUCUAUUAUUCCUCUUUUUACACAAGAUGAGUACAGACCCCCACCAGUAAGUGAAUCUGCCCCAAUUGGGACUGUUGUGACUACUGUAACGGCAGCUGCAGUGAACCAAACAAUAGUAUAUUUAAUUGUCUCAGGGAAUGAGCAAGGUGUAUUUGGCAUUGAUAACAUCACAGGGGUUAUCUCGGUCAUAAAACCAUUGGACUAUGAAAACACUACAAGCUAUGAGCUUAGAAUCCAAGCUGACUCCAUGCAAGUGGUUAGAUUUAAUCUACGAGCGGCUUCUAGGAGUAACACAGCCAAAGUGUUCAUUGAAGUACAGGAUGAAAAUGAUCAUGCGCCUGUCUUUUCAAAAAAGCUCUACCUAGGAGGAGUAUCAGAAGAUGAAAGAAUGUUUGCUUCAGUGCUUAAAGUAAAGACUACAGACAGAGACACUGGAAACUAUAGUGCCAAUAACUAUAAACUAAUUGUACCAACAAUUAAAGACGGAAAAGAAGGUUUUGUGAUUGAGCUGUAUAGCGGUGUCAUCAAAACCGCAAUGCUUUUCAAAAACAUGAGAAGGUCGUAUUUCAAAUUUGAAGUGGUUGCGACUGAUGAUUACGGUAAAGGCUUAAGCAGCAAGGCAGAUGUCAUUGUUUCUGUGGUCAAUCAGUUGGAUAUGCAAGUUAUCGUUUCUAAUGUUCCUCCAACAGUAGUGGAAGAAAAUAUAGAUGAACUUAUAAGUAUUUUAGAACGUUAUGUCCAGGAUCAAAUACCUGGUGCUGCUGUUGUGGUGGAAUCAAUUGGUGCACGAAGAUUUGGAGAUGGAUUUUCGGAAGAAGAUUAUACUCAAAGUGAUCUAAUGGUUUAUGCUAUUGAUCCUUCAACCAACCGGGCUAUUUCACGAAAUGAACUGUAUAAAUUUUUGGAUGGGAAAGUUCUUGACAUUAAUAAACAAUUUCAAGAUCACAUUGGUCAAGGUGGACGCAUAUUGGAAAUCCGUACCCCAGACGUGGUAGCUAACGUGAAGAAACAGGCACAGGCAGUAGGAUACACUGAAGGAGCAUUGCUAGCCCUGGCUAUUAUCAUCAUUUUGUGUUGUAUACCUGCAAUAUUAGUAGUCAUGGUCAGCUACAGACAGAGGCAAGCUGAGUGUGCAAAGACUGCGAGAAUCCAGAUGGCAAUGCCAGCAGGCAAACCAUCAAUUCCUGCUGCCAAUAAUCUAUAUGAAGAGCUUGGUGACAGCACAAUGCGGGGAUAUGCACACCAGGAGCAACAACAAUUGCUGAGACCCUCUCUUCUCAAACCAGAGGAAUUAUCAAUGGAAUCUGGAAUCGAUCCUGGUCAAGAAUACUAUGGGCAAGACUAUUAUAGCUAUGAACAUGGAUAUGAACUACCACAGUAUGGCAGUCGGCGAAGAUUACUCUCACCUUCUGGGAUGUAUGAAGAUUACGGUGAAGUUGUGGUUGAGAAUGAUGGUGGUUAUUAUUAUACCCCACAUGGACCUACAGCAGAGGGUGAUGGAAGAAUUCAUGGCAGAGGGUCUUCAAGGAGAGGUAGAGGUCAGGCACCAGGUUAUCCUAUGAGUAGAGGCAGACCUGGUGCAUCCAGAGAUAGUAGGCAAAGCGUAGUUCGGAGAACCAGUCAGGGAAGGAAAAAACUAAAAGCGGUUAUGCAGUUGAGUCGAGUAGCAGUCAGUGCUCAAAAAUCUUCUGAAGCAGGAGAUGGUUUACAUCAUUCUCCAUGGAAAAAAGCAAAAAUAUUCCCAAUGAUACUUCAAAAAGUGAAAAGCAGUGGGAAAGACUCUUCUUAUGCUAAACUAGUUUCUGCACGUCAAGUUGAUGGUGAUGACAGUAUGAUUAUAAAAGGAAGUUACUUCCAGAAAUCUACUGAUAAACCUACUGCGGGACGAAAAUUUGACCGUGCUUUUCAACGCAUUAAUUUGGCUAGGAGAUUUCAAGAACGCCGAAAAUCACUGAGUUCUUCAACUAAGACAUCUGUGGCUGAAAGUGAAAAAGAUGAAGAUUCUGAAAUGAGUGAAUCUGAAAGAGAUGAAAGAAAAUCUACUGUUUCAAUUAGUGUUACAGCAGAAAGUGAACCUGAAGAAAGUGAAGGUUCAGAUGAUGAUGAAGAGGAGACAAGCAAAUCAAAACCAUCUGAUGAAUCAUCUUUUAAAAGUAGUAUUUCUCCUGAAGAUGAUAAAGAUUAUUUGAAAGUAACAUUGGAUCAAGAUGAAGCCACUGAGAGUACUGUUGACUCAGAUGAAGAGCAGGAUGAUAUUUUAGAUGAAUCAGAAGAUGACAUACAAUCAACUUCAAAAUCAGAUGAUAGUAAAGAAGAGAGAUCAGAAGAUGAGGAUUCUGAUCAUGUUGGUGAGAAAGAAACUGAAAUAUCUAGUUCCCAUGGUGGUGUUUCUGAAUCUGAGGCUGAAGACUCAAAAUCAAGAACAUCUACUAGAAGUUCUGAUAAACGAUCUGCAAGCAGUAAGCACACUAGUUAUGUUUCCAGUUCAUUAAGUGUUAUUGAUGAUGAUGAUAAUGAUGAUGAUGAUGAUGAUGGAACAAGCAGGGGAUACAAGGAGGCAAGUGGGAAAAGUAGUUCAAAAUCAAGUUAUCGGUCUAAAAAGUCAUUGACUGAUAGUGAAAUACAGAGUAUAGCAGAAGAGGAAUCAGAAAAGGAAUCACAGUCAGAAGAAGAGGAUGAUGCAAAGGAUGAUGCUAGUAGAGUUAGCGAUGAUGCAAGUAGAGUAAGUGAUGCUGAUAGUCAGGAAGAUAAUGAUGACCAGAAAAGUGAAGAUUCUGUGUCCAGAUCCUCCAGUCAAAUAAGUCAAAGUAUUAAAAGUCAGCAAACUGAUAACAAAAGUAAAACAGAGAGCUCACAAAAGGAUGACAAAGACGAUGAUGAUGAUGAUGCGAGUGAGGCAGACUCAUCACAUCAUUCUUCUGUUAGUCAUGAAGCAGCUAGCUUAAGUAACCAAAGUAGGAGCACCACAGGCAGCCAGGAAGAAGAAGAUGAUGUUACAGAAGCUUCUCCUGAUUCUAAUAAGCAAACCUCAGAUGAAAGUGUGACUGGUAAAAGCCUUAGCAGAAAAUUAUCCUCUGACCAAUCAGAUGCACAUGACACUGGUCAUGGUUCAAGUAAUGAUUCAGAAAUGGCCAAAAAAAAGAGGAUUAAGUUAGUUGUAGAUCCGGAAUAUGAAACUAGUUCAACUGGAGAAGAAAGUGCUCCUGAUUCCCAAAAGAAUCGUCUAAGUCAUUCAAACAUUCAAAACAAUGUCAAUGGAAAUAUCUACAUUGCUCAAAAUGGAUCUGUGGUUAGAACCCGACGUACCUGUCUAGCUAAUAAUUUAAAAAUGUCAUCCCCUUCAAGACUAGGAAAACAUUUCAAGAAAUUAGAGAAGCUGGGAGUGACACAUGAAGAAAAUAUCCAGUUAAACACUUUAUCCAAGGGGGCCUCUUUGAAAAUUAACACAAGACCGCCUAGUAUAUCCUUAGCCUCUAAUGCUUCAGGGGCCAAAAACAUUACAUUCAAAUUGGGGGACAAUAAAUUGAAAAGCACAGAUGAACAGGAGUCAGUAGUUGAUAAUGAAGAUGUCAAAGAGCCAUUGGAAUUGCAAAGUGAUCAGACACAAUCUGAUGAAGAGGAGCUAUGGAUGGGACCUUGGAAUAACCUGCACAUACCAAUGACAAAACUAUGAUACCUUUUUUACUUAAAUUUAUAAUAGACUGCACUUUCUAUGAUCACAAUUGAAAAAAAUAAAUUCAUAACCCUUGUAUUGUGCACAUAAGUUAUAUUACUUUAUUCAUUUUCAAUAAUUAAACAAAUUUGCACUCACUAUUUACUAAUUAAAGGGAUACUAAACCCAUUUUUUUUCUUUCAUGAUUCAGAUAAAGCAGCAAUUUUAAGCAAGUUUCUAAUUUAAUCCUAUUAUCAAUUUUUCUUCGUCCUCUUGUUAUCUUUAUUUGAAAAAGCAGGAAUCUAAGCUAAGAAGCCGGCCCAUUUUUGAUUCAGCACCCUGGAUAGCACUUUCUGAUUGAUGGCUACAUUUAGCCACCAAUCAGCAAGCACAACCCAGGUGCUGAGCCAAAAAUGGUCCGGCUCCUAAGCUUUACAUUCUUUCUUU